AUGGCCAUCCAUUUUCAGCCCCUUACUCUGUCUUUGUUUUGGAUCGUGGUCUUUACCUUGACUGUAGUUGGGCAGCCUUUGACAGGUAAAGAUCUGGAGAUGUACAAUCUAGCUCAGACACGAUACUGGAUCGCAAGCGAGCAAAGCGUUGGCUUUUACCACCGACUUCAAUGGGAGCCAGAUCCGCAACAAGAGUGGCGAAAGGGCGCAAUGAAACGGAAAUGGUUUUCUCGAGCUGAGACAACAGGCGGUUUGCACGUGGGCUCAGGAACCGAUUGGUUAGGUCGCAAGGUGACCUAUUUUUCCACGUUCAUUCGACCCGACCUCAACGAUCCAUUGUCGAACCAGAUGCGUUUGCGCGCUUCUCUGCCCAUUGACGGUGGACAGCAGCCAAAGGAGGCGGCCAUCUUCUGGAAACACGUCGGUGGCUCUUUCACGCCGCUGAAAGUCGACUUUCUCACACACUUUGGCGCCAAUUACAAUCUCGAGUCCUUAAACGCUCUUCUCCAUCACCGUUUCGAAAAGGUACACCCGGUGGUGUGA